GAGACUUGUUGUUGCGAGGGAUGAAUGGAACUGCGUAACCAAUGUCAAUCUGGUACGUAUACAUGGCCAGGUACCCUCAGCGACAUUGCAUCUAGUAAAACUGGUGAGGUCAUCACCGAUGUCAACGACUUACAGAACUAUUUAUUUUUGCGGUUUACUUACCGCUCAAAUUAGCUGCGCCUGAUGAUAUUUUAAAUAAGGGAAUAUUUGUAUUCCUUCAUGUAAGGAUGUAGUUUAAUACCACUGUUCUACAAAGACGAAAUGAGCCAAAAAUGUUUCCUGAACAAAAGUUGUCAUUAGUUUUGCUCCAAAUAAACGGAGUAUACGAUAGGAUUUGUUGGGCGUCAAUCAUAACUAUGCAAGUAAAUAAACUUCUGAGUAGACAGAGAUUAAAAGAGAUUAGUGGACUUCAUUGAAAGCUCAUCGAUAUUUAUGGAUAAGUGACUCAAAGGAAAUAAAUUAAUCUGUCAUUCAGUGUUCGGAGGUCGAAUUGUUUAUACUUACUUUUACGUAGGUCACUGGGAAUUUAGAAACUUCGCUAAUCAUCAACGAUGGGGAAGGACUAUUACAAGAUUCUUGGUAUAUCUAAAGGUGCAAAUGACGAUGAAAUAAAGAAAGCUUAUAGAAAGCAAGCGCUUAAAUAUCAUCCGGAUAAGAACAAGUCUCCAAACGCAGAGGAGAAGUUCAAAGAGAUUGCGGAAGCGUACGACGUUUUAUCCGAUCCUAAGAAGAAGGAAAUAUAUGACAAAUAUGGUGAGGAGGGACUUAAGGGUGGACCCACUUCGAGCGAAGGUGGACAAGGCUACACUUAUACUUUCCAUGGUGACCCACGAGAAACAUUUAGGAUGUUCUUCGGCACGGAUGACCCUUUCUCGGGGUUUUUCACAUCAGGAGGUAGGCGUAGUACCGUAGGAGAGCCUAUGAACGUCGAUGAUUUCUUUGGUAGCACACCUUUUGGAGGUUUCUUUGAAACUAGAAAUGUCAGCACGACAGGUGGUCGAAAACCUCAACAGGAUCCUCCAAUCUAUCAUGACUUGUCAGUUUCGCUUCAAGACGUUCUUCAUGGAACGACUAAGAAAAUUCGUAUUACGAGAGCUCGUUUGAAUCCAGACAGACAAACCACUCGUCAGGAAGAAAAGACGGUUGAAAUCGAAGUUAAAAAAGGUUGGAAAGCUGGUACAAAAAUCACGUUCCCUCGGGAGGGUGAUGAGAGUAUUAAAGGCAAUGUUCCUGCCGACGUUGUUUUCGUUGUUAAAGAUCGAACACACAAACAUUUCAAGCGUGAAGGUAGCGAUGUACGUUAUGUGGCUAAAAUUAGCCUAAAACAAGCUCUUUGUGGGGGUACUAUCUCAAUACCAACAAUCGAUGAAGGACAAAUAAACAUCCAACUCACUGAAAUUAUCAAACCUGGGACAACCAGACGUAUUCCACAUCAAGGUCUUCCCUUUUUGAAGGAACCUAGUCGCCUUGGCGAUAUGAUAGUUGAAUUUCAGGUCGUUUUUCCAGAUUACCUAUCAAAUUCGCAGAAAUCUCAGUUAGCAUCAAUAUUACCCAACUAACCAUGCAAGUUAAUUAUUGAAAAGAUGUGAACUAAAACUUGAUUUUAGAAGCUGUAAUUUUUUUCUGCCAUAGUAUGUAUAUAUCAGUUUUCCUAAAGUUACUAAUCCAUCUUGCCUUCCCUGUACGUGAAGUAAGAUCGAAUAAAGACUGGUGGUGAACAUUUUUAACUGGAACGUCGGAUUUCACAGGCAUCCGUGAACCAUGUAUUCGAAAGUAAAUCUACACAAUAGUUUCCCGAAGGUUCAGACCGACGUUUUAUUGUUUUGUGUUUAUAUCCCCACAGACUCUCCAGCUACAUUGUGACGUUUGCUGGCAGCAAUUGGUAGAGAUUUAUGUCUCUGGUAGCAAUAAAAUACUUUGGUUUCCCCAUGCAAGACCUGUACCACAUAUAAGGACACCAAUUGUCUGUAUACUUGCAGUGCCAUCAUUUGUUUACUAGAGAAACAACUUACACCAUAUGCGACGGUUUCCAAGCGUAAUAAAUAGCCAUUUUCUCAACUCUUCAGGCAAAUCGCUUUUGCUCUUACGUUUUUUGGUCUUUUACCCCGAGUGGCUAGUCAGUUAUCUAAACGCAGGGUCUAAUGACCUACACUGCUCAGUUUGCGUUGUAUAAACCAUUAACAUACUGCUGCUAUCUAUGAUUCAACUCGAAUUCUGAAUCCCAGAUUUUGAGAUGGAUCUCACUCAUAUAGCAGGAUCACUCUUGUUACAACUAGACCGGUCAAAAUAAACAAGAAAGCAUCGAAAUUCUACAUGGCAUCAAAAGUUGUGCUGGCUUUAUGAUCAGUAAACAGUAUAGAAAACAGUCGGAUAGUAACUGUAAAUGAUAAAAACUGUACGGAAGAGUAGUCUAUAAUCUGUCAGCUAUAUUUAUGCUCAAGAUCUUAUUAGUCCUUAUGUACGCGAUUCACUAAUAACGAGGUAUUUAGACAUACUCAACUGGUAAGGUGAAUCACUUUUGUUCUGUGAAGAUCGGGUACACAAUAAGCUGGCUAACGAUAAUCACGAGAUUAUUGCAAAAUGAUAACGAAUGAAAAAGUGUUACUAAUUCCACGAUCACAAGUGUUAGGUAGCUUGUAAGUCAUAUUUGUUUGGUUCCUAAUUGACAAGAAUCACUGACCGAACAACCGAUAGGAUAUGUAAGAUUUCGUCGAGAUUAACAAAAGCAGAAUUUCAGGUUGAAUCACACUGUAAAGAGAUGUGUUUAGUAGUUGUAGAUUGCAACACAAUAAGUCGGUUACAUUUUCAGCUACAAAAUGCUGGGAAGGCGUUUUUAGAUUAUCUACAUUUAUUUGUUCGGUCAGUUACCUGUAGAAGUAUUUUUAACUCCUGAUCAAAAUUAUCUUAACGGUAACAAAUUCGUUUAUCUGACCACAACCAUCUAUUGUGACUGAAAUACUGGGUUCUUAGAGCUGUAAUAAUUUCGAAACAACAUUUCCCAAAUAUAAGUACGGAAUUUAGCCGGCAUUAACGUUACACGAUUGUAGUAUUAUACGGUAACCCAGUUUAACUAAUUAAUGGCCACUUCUUUAAUAGAGAAAACAGAGCGUGAUACUGAGAACUUCCUCGUUGAUUCAGUAAAAUUGAGUAUAUUUGUGCCAUUUGUUUUUCUAAAACGAUUUAUUUCGAUAUGAACUGAUCGAACAAGUUGAAAGCCUACUUUUAAUACUGUGACAAGCUCUGCAAGGCCAUUAUUAAAUUUGGCUUUUUAACAAAUAACACGCACCUCGAUUAUUGGUUUUAUUCGAAUGUACCGUUAUGGAGAUUUCGAACACUUGAGCGUAGGUAUUUAUGGCAAGUUGUACGUUUUCGGAACCAAAAUUAGUUCCAUUUAAUCCUAAAAUACUUUCCCUCUUGAAUUAGUGUCCUCCAUCGUGACACCAACUGUGAUAAAUAGUAGCUGUUAUUGUAGUGAACCUAAUGUACGCACCAGCAAUCUCUAGAUCUGUUCAAAUAUGCUUUACCAGUCACGAAUGGGAUAUUAUUUGAGUAUGAAAUAAAACCACGAAGAUAUUGCUUAGUAAUCAGAAUAAAGCGCACAAUAACGUACAACGCAAUUAUCAAGGACAACAAUAUUUCAUAACAAUCAGAAGCCGUCUGUAGACUAAAUAUCUUGAUUCUAGGAUCUGAAUCUAUAGACCAAGAUAGUAUAAAAUACGCAGAAAAUGCGAUUCCUGAGACCAUAACUUCAAAUAAAAUUAGUGACUCACUGAAAUUUAAGAAUUUAGUGAAGGUUUUUAUGGUUAGUAGAUACAAGUUAGGGGACUCUAAACCAAGAGGUACCAACUAUAUAUGUACGCAACAAUCUCGUUUACGUCACUUUAGUCCGAACAUACGGCUAAGAAAAGAUCCUUCAACAAAAUCCCUCAUCUAUAAAAUUGAGAAUAGUACAACCUAAUAUUUGAUUUUCUAUUCACUCAAAAAAUACUGGAUGGAGUAUGAAAGUAAUAAAAAAAGAACAGUAACUCCUGGAAUAUCAUAGAAAACAAAACAGCUAAGUUAGUCACUAAGAAAUUCAACCGAUAGGGAAGCUAAGGUUUCUGCUAAAUAUUUGGAAUAAAUGGUUGAUUUUAGGAAAACCAACAAAAUGGUUUGUUUUGCUUACUCACUAUUUCGUUUCGAUCAAAAUAUCGUACCUAUGUGGUCGAGAAAUAUACCAGUUAACUUAAUAAAUUUAGCUGUAGACAUUUAAGAAGUCGACAUCGAUCAUGGGCGAUUUAAUGCUAACACUGUUUCCACUACAUUCGAAUGUCAUCGGUUUGAAUACACAUAAAGUAAGAGUGACUUGUCGAGCAGUACCAAAGAACGACUGUCCAGUGUUCGAUGCUUUCCAAAAGUCUAGGGACUUAUAUCCUUUGCGAAAAUAAUCUUCGAAAUAAUUAGGACUCCGUAAAAUCGUUCAAUUCUAUCACUGUAGUAUUAAUAUCGUCUGAUUUCAAGCAUGAAUAAAUACUAGGGUGAUAGCCGCAACGCAAUAUUAGUAUUCUGCUAGGUACGUUGUUACUGAGCACUAACGAUGCACCAGUAAAAUGACGGUUUUAGUUUGCCAAAUGUAAAUUAGAUUUUGUAACUCUGACAAAUUUGAAAUCACCAUUUUAACAGUAAACUAUAACCGCAAAUUUACGGAUAAUUGAAUGAGGAUACUGGAUAUGAGAGAGCACUAUAUAAGAAAACGACCUUAACCCUUCAAAAGUAGAAAGCGCUGACUUGUAGAACUAGAAUGCAAUUUUUAAUUGGUAGACGAUAACGGCUGUAAAACCAGUGCUAAGGCGAACUGGGGAGGCGUUUUGUGUCAUUUUACGGGAACUUGGAACAAAUUUCUUGUGGUUAGGUUGAUAUCUUUUGAAUAUUGAGUCAAAUGCUACUACUGGUGAUUAAAACCAACUUCGCGAUGACUUAUACCCGUUGGUUACAUUAAAUGAACAUUUGUUUGAUUGGUCAAAUUACUUGUCAUUUUGCAUAACAUCAAUUUUUCUAGGCAUUUUUGUGCAUAUACACCAUAAAUCGGUAGUAUCUUGAGUUUAUCACUAUCCCAAACACUCACUGUUUAUAGUAAUAAAGGUUGUUUUUAAAAACUUUGAAUAAAUUCAAGAUCAAUACAUACGAUAAACUAACCAAUGCAUGUUUUAAUUUAAGGAAUGAAAGAUGAAUUCGACAACAAAAAUCAAAUGACUUUCAAACGUAAGUUGUUAAGGUACAUUGAAGAACGUGAACAUGAAAGAGAAAAAAGUUGUCGUCUUGAUUUUACGUAUUUACAUUCUUAUUAUUCAUAUUUACAAAAAAUACUCAUGGUAUCGGUAAAUAUAGUUUUAGAUAAAAAAUCCAAUUCAAAAAGUGGUAGAUCAUCUAAUAAAGUAGUGGAAGGUUGACAUUUAUCAAAAUAUGGGAUCAGUUUAGAAUGAGCAGUUAUCGAUUGUUGCAAAGUUGCAACUCUGUGAACAGUACAAAGUACAGGAUUAGCAAUCACUUGAUCCUAACGAAAGUAUACGCAAAGAUAAGACGAAAGAACAAAAUAUUUUUUAGUUAUAUUUUUUUGCACUCCUGGUUUUACAGGGCUUUUUGUUUAUGCUAUACAAUUAUUACAAUAAAUGGUGGCAGAACGAAAAAACUGGAUAAGAUGUAGGGAAAUACACAUGUCAAUGUUAUGGUCAGUCGAUUUAUAGCAUCGAUGAUAUACAAUAGAUUAAUUGAUCAAAUUUUAUUACGGAAAUCAAUUGCUUUUUGUUAAUGUUCGUCACAAGAACAACAAGCCUUCAUCUAAAAACUAUUUUCAUUUUACUAUUCCUUCAUUAUCCAUUAACUUCAUCAUAUAAUCUCCUUUUCGAUAUUUAGGAACAAUUUAUGACCUAAUGUCAUCCUAUGUUCUAAUUAUUUUUAAAUUUAAACACAAACAUUGGUACAAGGAAGCACCAAAAAGAUAUGCACCACAUAAAUCAUUCGAUUUGUAUAAAGGCUGAAAUACUUCCCGGGUGCCCAAACCGAAACAAAUGGUUGUCUUAGGGGAACACACACAUGGAGAAUUAGUGCAUAUUUUCUAUCAGAUAAGUAUUAGACACUUGAAUCAUUGUUUUCUUAUAUUCUCAUGCUUUUACGUUUUUGUUGGGUUCAUAAUCCACUGUACUGUGUUGUGCCUUCCUUAGGUUACUGUGAGUUUACUACAGAAUUAUUAAUUAGAUCUAUUUCACUUAUGGUGUAGCCCUGCGUACAUUGUAUUUUCCUUUUUAUGCUGCUAUGCAUUCAAGCAACUAGUAUGUAUAGUCGCACGAAUUUUGAGUUACAAACUAAACUGUACAACAAGUUUAUCUGUCUGUCGUACUUUCGUUCCAUUCUGUUUAUCGGACAGAAGAGCGGGGGAAGCUGCACCCUGGAACAAUAGGAGUUAAGUACUGAUCUCGGUAGUUAUCUUACUGUCAUUGAGUUAUUGUUCAAAAGAAGGUUACUGAGUCAUUAGUCAAUGAAAGGUCAUCCGACCUAUACAACCGAUCUAGCUUAAAUAAUAAUACAACUAAUUUCAUGAUAGAAGGCCCGAUCAUACGAGCCCGGUUACGACACAUGUGUCUGGUCACUUAGUUAAGCCUAAGAAACUAAUUAUCACAACAUGUAGGCCAGUUCUCAGAAGUAUUAUAAGCGUGCAAAUUAAAUUAUAUUAGUUCAUAAAAUAAAUAUAUUUACGUACAGUAGUUUCUAAUAGAAACUCCAAUUAUUUAUUUAGAACAUAUAAAUACUGAUGCAAAUGCGCACCAUAAUAAGUAUAUGCUACACAAAUAAGGAAAUGAAAUUUUAAAGAAAUAGAAGAGGAAGGAGGCUGAGUAUAAUCAAAAAUAAAAAGUGGACCGUAGUAGUAUGACAUGGAAAACAGUUCAGACAAAAAAACAACUAGAAAGAAUUCAUUUAAGUAAGGUAGUUUUUCUUACUUUUAUAAAGAAUGUAAAAGGAAUCCAAAGCAGAAUCGCCACCAUUGAUUCGCAUUCUGAAUUAUAUCUGAUAACGUUUAAAACCGGAGUUGCACUAUCUCUAGGACCACAACGGAGGAGAUGUGUUAAAAUGAAAGGUGCCAGUCUUGUACAACUUUCAUAUCACAGUUCCAUGUCAUGAUCUAACCAUCUAACCUCUUUUCUCACCUGGAAAUAAUUGCACGAAGUGGGAACUGUUGGGAUGACGAUCCUAAAAAAUCUACAAGUAACCAUGGCCAGUGUUUCAAGUUGGUGACAGUGACUGAAUUAGUCACUGCUGAAUCUUAACAUCACUAACAUAGUGUUGCCAGUGGAUGCAAGUGAUCCUUCAAGACAAUAAUGAUCGAAUAGAGACCAGGUUUCACACAACUGGAGCAAAAUCGCUGUUACUAAAGCGUUGAAAACCCAACAUUUUACAGCCAAACUGACACCACAAUGGAACCAAACAUGACCCACAUUGGCACGGACCGUCCUGGCUAUCACUAAAUGCAAUGCCAGCAAUAUUGUUUUUUGGAGAACUCCGUUCACCAUCUAAGACAUUGCGGUAUGUUACUGAUCGGUGUUCCAUCAACUUUACAUAUUGUUUCACUCGCACAAGACUACCUGCUGCCAGCGGUUCGUACGAGUUCAUGGUGCUUUCAAUAGUUACCAGUUCCAGCUGCUGCUUUUAACCCGUCAGCACGAUCCACUCACCAAGUUUCUCACAAACUUUGCACAAUUUCCUUAAGUAAGAAUCUACGUUUAUCGUCGAACGCACAGUUAGCCGGAGUAAACCAACGAGCCUGUGUAAACGCAGUGCUUAUAAACAAGACGUUUAGAAAAGUCAUAAGAAAUGUAACCCGCCAUUUCCAUGGUGUUAUGUAAGCGAAGCCAAUGCUCAUGUAUAUUUUUUGAUGGACUAGCGGCUUGCCUUGAUUCUAGGCUCAGUUUGACCUUUGGUUGCAGCAGAGGCCACAGAUGAUUCGCUUACAUCAACCCGUUUAGGAUGGGAAGUUCGAGGGCCACAAAAACCUAACUAGGCAUAAAUCAAAACAUAAUUAGAGUCUAGAUAGUUUUUCCAACAAUAAACCACAGUCUUGUGAAAAAUAAUGUCAGCGGUAGCUGGCCGCGAUGUAAUCGGUCUUAAUCUAGGCUUAAGAAGCAGACGGAGGACGCCAACUAGUAAGUCGGCGACGACUGUACAGAAAGUUGGUGUUGACCAGAAAUUUAUUAGUCUGCACAAAGCUUUAGAAGACAGUAACUGUUAUCUGACGUGAAACCAACGUGUUUCCAUUGGCCACUCAAGAGACUUCUAUCUGUGCUCAGACGCCCGAUCUGUGGAUUCAGAUACCCUGCUAGUACUACCUUAUCUGCAGAACAUACUUUCUUGAGACCAUUCAACUGGUAGUACAAAUUAUUCUUGACUGCUUCCUGGAUGCAAUCAGUCGAGGCGUAGGCGAAAAUUGUGGAAAGACAUCGUUUUUCACACAAGUUUCUUCUCCUUUUGGUAAAAUUUGUUAAUCCAACAGUACAAAAGUGAAUUUUAGCAGGGAUCCGAUGGAUAAGUUCCGUCAUUUUUCUGAAGCUUAAUGUAGCGUCAACACCAGCCACACUAAAUGGAGAUGCCGUAGGGUCCCCGGAUAAACGUACGUGAAAUAAGCUUUUUGCAUAGACAGAUGGGAAGUAAAUUUGAAGUACUUCGCUAGAGUCCUGAGUACGGGUCUCUAACAUAAAGUGAACACCAAUCUCAGGGCUUUCCCAAGACAUAGCCAAACGUACCAGUUGUCCAAUCUGCAUCGAUGUACGGUUGUUGAAGUUGGACAUUUUGAAUAGCACACAAGGUUUUAGACUCCAUAUUAGUUAGCGGCAUUAAAAGUUAGACCAGUCGGCCAUCUGAAUUCUUUAAGACAAGAUAGAUUUUUCAUUACAAACGAGCUGUUGCGUGAGUGAAGAAAUAAAGACUAUUGCCAAUUCGAAGGACCAGACCUAAGAAUGCUACCUCAGGUAUCAUGUAAAUAACGUAAGCCACAAAUACAAAAAGAUUUAACUUUUAUUGAUGAAUGUGGCAUUUCGUAAUUGUCUUCAUGGUUUCUGUUCAGUAACGGACGAUCACUGAUAUAUAAAUAUAAAACUAGGCUACUGUAAACAAUUGUUAGCUUAUUCUAUUGUAACUUUUCACCAAUAACUCGAGCGUUAUUUGUUAUUAAACAUCUAUAAACUAUUUCACAG